UCAUUUGCUGGAGACACACACACACACACACACACACACACACACACACACACACACACACAAACACACACACACACACACACACAUUCCUGCAGCAGUGCCAGUUCAUUGGCUUGAUAGACUUUUAACAAGCAGCCUUUCUGCAAAUACUAAUAUCAUUUACAAAGAGAAGAUGACAAAAUGCUAUGUAAUACUCUAUUAAUGGUGUCACUACUGCCAGGUUAUUUCACUGCUGGAGACAUACUGCACAGCGUAUCUGCACAAGUCGUUUUCCAACACAGAGGGUGUCCACACAGAGUGCUGGGAUAUAGCCUCUGUGAAGAACAGUGGAAGGCAGAGACACAGAGCAAGGAGCAUGCUGCAGUAUUUCUUAUUUCCACUAAAGACUGAUGUUAAAAGCAAUAAGAAAUUUCUGUCUCUUUUACCAAAAUGCAUCAUAAAUUUAUUGGCAUGAUUUAGCAAACUAACACCAGCCUAGCAGACAGGAAAACAGAGCUCAAUCCAUUUUAACAUAACAUGACCUCCAUAACAUACCUUCAAACCUAAUUAGGUGUACAGGCACAUUGUUUUCCAGGAGAUAUUUCCUUCUUGUGCAAGAUGUAUCUUCAGUACUGGUGCUGUACUAAACAAAUUUGAGAUAGCUGGAGACAGAUAAAAGCGGAGACAGUUUUAACCUAAGCAAAGAUUGUGCCUGAGAUAGGUUUUUCUUCUAACUCGACUCCUGUGGCUGCCUCUGCUUCAGAAGUAGAAGAGUCUUCUGUAGCUCAUAGAAGAAAUGCAUGAUUCAUGAUGAGGGUUAUAUCAACCCUGAGUAUUUCCCCUUGUCCAGUUUCACAAGUGCCAGCUAGCAGAACUCCAGGAGGAUGACAAGCAGGUACUUAAGUUAAAGGUAUCAGCUGUUAAAGCCAAUCAAAGGGAGUAUUCUCAGGGGAGAGAUGUAAAUAGAUGUCCCAUCAAUGAUCGUUUGAGGAGCAACUGAUAGCACUUAUCAGCUCUUGCAGGCAUUAAUCUCAGAAUAAUCAAAAGUAAAUACCAAGCAAAAGCAAGAGGAAGAACUUCACAAGAGGUAAGCACUCAAGCCUGUGUGUCGGCUUUUAACCCUUCCUUUAACAAGGGACUUAGCUUUGGCAAAAGCUGAGAAGCCAUAUCCUCUUGUCCGUGAAAGCCACGGAGUCCCUGCUCAGGGAAUUCUUCACUGGGACCUUUAUUGUCUUUCUUAAGCGGAGUUUAAGAGUAGUAAGCAGUUGACUUUUUACAGAGCAUAGAGGGACCCAUAAUGUCUUUUGCUCCUGUAAUGAGGAACAAUAGGGAUGAUUCAAAGGUGAACAUGUAAAGAGUUGAAUGAGAAAGUUGUGUGACACAUAUAACUGCUCAAUACGGAAGACUUCAAGGAAAAAGUGGUUCUGGUGGAUUUUCUUUUUUUCUGUCUAGGGUUACAAAGGUAGCAAUGUCACCUCUUUAAUGUUUUGAUUUACAUCUGAGUUAGUGCUACAACUCACAAGUCACAGCUUCAAGGCACUGCUACUCAGGUAGGAAUCUGGUCAGGAAACAAGAGGCUGCUUGGGGUGCAAAUGAAUCUUGAAACCCUUUCAGUCUGUUGUUUUCUUACCCUUCUAAGGAGUGAUGUUGGCACAAGUGAAGGAAAGCACAAGAUGGGAUUGAGAUAUGGGUGGAAAGGGCAAGAAUAUUUUUCACCGAUUUUGCCACUGAAGAGAAAAUAUUAUUAAAUCCUUAUUAGUGAUCUCAAGAGUAUUGAGAACAGUCUGGAUCAGUCAGUUCUCCAUGGAAAAUAAUACCAGUAUAGCAAUUCUUUAAAUUCUUAUGGUAGUUAAUAGACUGUUUAAAAAAAAAAAAAUCACCCAUUUAUUCAGGGAAUUUCAGAGCUGAUAUAGCAAGACUUCACUUAAAAUGAUGUAGUGCUUUUGAGCAGACUAGGUGGCUCUACUUUUACACUGACCAGGAUAAUGUGAGGAAUGUGUUCAAACUUAAAACUCAUACAAGAAUAUUCUGAAGAUUGAGAUACAGAUCUUAAAAAAGAUAUUCGGAUUAGUUUUGUGUCAUUUAAGCAUGAUGAUUGAUGAUUCUGUGUAUUAAAUAGACACAACUUUUUUUCUCUAGUGAAAUACCAGUUUCUACUUCCUCCACACCAGUGUACACUAAACUACUGUUUUUUCUCUUUACUUAAGAAAGGUGUUUUUGGAUUUAGUUUAGUUAUAGAAAUUGUCCUGGUUAAGUGGGAAGUCAUAGAUUUACAGAUUUUGCAGAACAAGAAAUAUUUAAGCCUCUGUAAUCUUCAAUUAGAACGGUGGGAAAUUUUCUACUGUACAGAGUUAUGAAUAUUUGAAAGUGCCUUAUGUGCUGUACUAUACAGUCAAGAUCAGUGUUUUUUACUGUCUCACUAAUGCAUUCUCUAAACCCACUGUAGAAGUCCAACUAGUGCACAUUCUGCAUCCUCCAAGUACCCCACUACUGCAGAAGGAAAUUCUGUCACCCACGGGAUAAAAAUGUUUGAUUUAAUGCCAUUUCUUACCGCAGUUACUCUGUGUUAUUUCUGAGAGACAGUGCAGUGUGCCAUAGCCACACCGACAAAGCCAACAGUCCUUCAGCACCCAGACGCCGUGGGGAAUGCUGCCGCAGCUGCUGUCAACGACAAGGAAGACAUUUGGUACCUCCCUGACCCCACCACAGAAAAUAACCAUCCAGACCACCACACUAAUUUUGUCGGAUUUUGUUUUGUUUUUCUUACCCUUGCCGUUCAUCGUAUUCACAGUAUCUGCCAGUGAAGUGCUUUAGGCAGGCACAGAAGGUCCCCAGGAUACAAGUCCCUCCAUUCUGGCAGCAGCGUCUGUUCAGUUUUUUACCUGCAAGAUAAUAUUACAAGAGGUUAACAAGCAUCUCAGGGGCUCUGAACCUCACCUUUUCCUCAGUUGUUCUCUUAGGUCUCUCCAGUUCCCAAAGUCUCUUAAGGAUAUCUAGUUUUAUUGUCUUUAGAGACAAUAAAAUUAUAUGCCUGUUAAGAGUGUUUGUUCAGCUAAACCCAGUUUGUUUAGUUAAGGAUUAGAAACAAGCUACUAGGGAUUACAAGAUGGUGAAGAAGCAACGCCUGGCAAAUUCUGUAGCAGCAGGAUGUGUUCAAGUGAAAUAUUUCACUUCACCUUGACAGAUGGCCUUGACAAGAAGUGCAAAUAUGUAAGGGAAGGUAGUUUGUAAUGAAGAAAUGCAUACUGUAAACGUAGAAGAAAAACACAGAGGGGCUGGGAGAAACAUUGUUUCCCUUACCUUUUUCUAAAUGAACAGCCUGCCAGACAAGAGUCACAGUGAAAAGAAUUCUGUAAAAAAAAAAAAAAAUUAAAAAGAAAGAGAAAAAAAAUCAAACCAGAAAUGAUUUUAUGAUAAUAAGACACAAACACUAAAACGAAUUGUGAACUUUUAAAAGGAAUAGGCAUCCCUGGCUAGAGAAGGUCCCAGACAUCUCAAGCGAACUUACCUAACAUGAUUUCCCCAGUACAUUUUUCUGCAGCCUGAAACAGCUGUGAGGUCCUCCGGGAGAGCUGGAGCAGAAGACGUCCAGAGCCCUGUGCUUCAGGCUGUUGCAUGCAGCAGUCCUCGCACGGCAGACACCGAUGGACAGAGAAAGCGGGACUGACGAAACUUUCCUCCGGCUGUCCAGCUUACAGCAAGGCUUGGUCGCCAGCCGUACCACUGACUGAGCCCUGGCCGGGAGCCGGGAGCAUCCCUCCGGGCUGGGACUCCCUGGCCAGCCCCCGAUUUACAUGCACUGCUGAAGGGUGGAGCAAGCUGUACACAGCAUGGAUAACAAGCAAGAGAAGUUGGAAACUGUUGUGAAAUUAGAAAAUAAUGCCAUUAUUGCUGUGAUGGAAACACUGGAAAAAGUCAUACAACUGGACUACUGCAAUCAAGAGCUACAAGCUAUCCAGAAGCUCUUUAUCUCCAAAUUGGAAACACCUGGAUGUGAUGGAUGGACAGUUCAACGGAUAAAGAGUUGGCUGGCAGCCAGAGAGUUGUGGUCAAUGCCUCUGUGCUGAGAGAUGGAAGGCAGAAAAAAACAUAAACAGAGCCUCACCAUCAAGGCAGGCAGAGGAAUGGGGACAGAGAAAACUGCUCAGAUGCUGCUGUUGCCUGACUGCACCAGAGUGAGAUUGUGUGCUGGCUAUAGCAGCUCCAGUAAAGGAUGCCCCUGCUGAUAACCUCUAACAUGGUGCUCACAGAACUCAGCUUCGGAGUGAGAGAGAUGAAAGCAGUGUGCACAAAAGGAGAAUUACACACCAUGCUUUAGAAUAAAGAAGGGAUGCACUCUCCCUGCUCCAAAGUAUUGUUUUCCUCAAUUAUUUCUUCAUUAGCUUUUGUGGCUGAAGUCUGAUCAUGCUCAGGACCCAUCCCUUUUGCCCAUGGCUCAUAUCAUCAUCUCCUUGAGCUUAUCAGCCCCUGCCCUGGCAAUGUUGAUCCUGCAGCAAGAUGAUCUCUGGCUGCCCACAGCCCUGCCCUUCUGUUCCACUAACAAUAAGCAGGAAUACAAGUGAAAAGCAUUGUCCUGAAAAAGGAGAAGCUUAAUGUCAACAAUAUGGGGCAUCAGGUGAUAAUAUUUGACUUUUCUGUCAUAAGAGGACUAUGGGAAACUCGAGUUAAGAAGAGCAAAGAACGUCAGAGGAAGGAGAAAGAAAGAUUAGAAAAAAGUGCUUUGGAGAAGAUAAAACAGGAAUGGAAUUUGAUACUAGAGUGCCGUAAGAAAGGUAUUCCUCAAUCAAAAUACCUCAAGAAUGGCUUUGUAAACAUCAAUGAGAAGAACCUGGACAUCCAUGGAAAGAAUCCUCAGCUCAAGAAGAAUCAUGCCUUGUCAGAUGGAGCAAAUAAAGAACAGAACAAGUUUAUUUUUCAGCUUUCUGGAGAGCAGUGGACGGAAUUCCCAGAUUCUCUGAAAGAACAGAUCUAUCUAAAAGAAUGGCAUGUGUACAAUACAUUGAUACAGACCAUUCCAGCCUACCUUGCACUAUUUCAAGACCUGAGAGUACUGGAACUGUCAAAAAAUCAAAUCAACCAUCUUCCAGCAGAGAUUGGCUGCUUAAAAAACCUCAAAGUGCUCAAUGUGAGUUUCAAUAAUUUGAAGUCAGUUCCUCCAGAACUGGGUGAUUGUGAGAAUCUAGAAAAACUGGAUUUGUCUGGAAAUAUGGAAAUAACAGAGCUCCCAUUUGAACUAAGUAAUCUGAAACAACUCACAUUUGUGGAUGUGUCAGCAAACAAGUUCCAUUCUAUUCCAAUUUGUGUUCUCCGGAUGUCUAAUUUGCAGUGGUUGGAUAUUAGCAGCAACAGCCUGAAGGAUCUCCCAGAAGACAUAGACAGGUUAGAUGAAUUGCAGACGCUCCUCCUACAGAAAAACAAGUUGACUUAUCUUCCACGAGCUCUUGUCAAUAUGCCAAAGCUCAGUUUGCUAGUUGCCAGUGGUGAUGACCUGGUUGAGAUACCCACAGCCAUCUGUGAGUCAACCACAGGUUUAAAAUUUGUAAGUCUCAAGGACAGUCCUGUUGAAACGAUUGUAUGUGAAGACACUGAAGAAAUUGUAGAAAAUGAACGUGAACGUGAGCAAGUUGAGAAAGAGUUUAUGAAAGCAUACAUUGAAGACCUAAGGGAAAGGGAGUCUACUCCUUCCUACACUACAAAAGUAAUGCUCAGUCUCCAGCUCUGAAGAUUAAAAAUCUCUAGAUCUCUACUGAAUUUCUGAAUAACUCUCUUUUUAUACACCUGAAUAGUAAACACAUGAAAAUAUAGAUGGCCAGAAUGACAUCAAAA